AUGAACAACUUCCUAGUCGCUGCCAAAAAGCCGGUCCUUCGCCGCGAGAAAGUCACAGUACCCGCGAAGACUGCAGCCUCUGGAGGCGCUACACCACAGACUGGUGCGCGGAGACCGGGUCCGUCCGCGAAUCGGUUCGCUCUGACGCCGAGUGCCUUCAGCAAACAACAACCCAAAAACAUCGCACAACGAGCAGUCGCGCCUUCGCGAGGGAUCAAGCGCAAGAGCGCCACGCCACAGCCCGCAGGACCUCUAUUCAGCGACGACGAUGACGAUGACGGGAGCAGCGAGAUUGGAGGUAGCGACUCCGACGCCUCGCGCAAACGCAUCAAGAGUAGUGUGAGCUCUGUGGAAAGCACUGGGCCCAGGAGGACAUUCGCCUCGGAGACUGUAAGAGAAGACGGCAAAGCGUUGAAGGCAAGAGAAGAAGUACAGGAAUGUCUUUGGAAGAGACGAGACGACAACCGUGUCGCUGCAAUACCCGAGCAACUCUCCCAUGGAACGAUUUCAACUGAAAUGGCCAAAGUCAGAUGUGGAUUACAAGCCCAUGGAAGACAUCAUCGAGACUGUCAAGCACAUCUGCGAAUUCUAUCUUCCGGAGGAUCUCAGCAGGAAGACGACGGAUCCCGAGAACCAGGAGAGUUUCAACCGCCUGUUCUCCAGGGCGUGGGGCUGCGAGAGCGUGGAAGACUUCGAGGAUACGCUGGUCCGCAAGACCCACCUACCGCUUCCUCUGGUGAAGCGCAUCCUGGAGCAAACCUACUCCCCGACUUUGUCAGCGAGAUCCUGCGCAAGACACGACUGAACCACGAACAAGUGUUUGUGGACCUCGGCUCCGGCGUGGGCAACGUUGUUCUGCAAGCUGCACUUGAAAUCGGAGCGGAAAGCUGGGGCUUUCACGGCCGGACUCAACGAGACGCUGCUCUCCAUGUUCUUGGAUCUGAAGGAGGGCUGCCAGGUGGUGUCUCUCAAGCCAUUCGUGCCGAUCGGCCACAAGAUCAGCAUGCGCAACGUCGACUCGCCCGUGAACAUGUUCGUGCAGAGGGAAGACGAGUACUUCUCGAACCGC